UGUAGUACUCAAAUGUAUGACGAAUUACACCUUUAACUCGGAUCCCAAUGAGUUGACGAGUUUUGAUGGAGGUGCUUCCCCCGAAACCUCGAGCACAUUCCUCAAACAUUUCCUAGACUUCGUGCGGAACACCAACAGUGGUAACAGUGGUACCAGUGACAAUGCCAGUGGUAGUGCCAGUACCGACACUGUUGCCAGUGUUGGGGGAACCAGUGUUCCAGCUAGAGAGCCCUCGCCUGAGAGUGCCACGCCCAUCAUACCCAGCAUCGCUCAAGUUCGCAAGGUGACUCCGUUUGAGAGUAUGUUCUCCAAGACAUCUGGUAGAAAUGUGAGUGUGCCGCUCUCCAAAUCAGAGUUAGACACUUCUAACGCAGACUACAAGAAGUACUGGAUGCCUGAUGAUCAGUGCAAGGAGUGUUACGAGUGUAGUACUCUCUUCACUACCUUCAAACGACGACAUCAUUGCAGACUUUGUGGUCAGAUCUUCUGCUAUGACUGCUGUAGCGACGUUAUAAGCGGAAAGAUAGCGGGAUAUGGUGAUGCAGAGGUUCAACUAAGGGUGUGUAAGUAUUGUCUUCAGUCUAAGUCUAAACAUCAGAAGGUAGAGAGAAAGAGAUCAAACACAACUAAGGGACUUAUCUUCUCUUCUCCUACUGUAGAUAGGACCAGUGAACCAGAUUCCCCUCUCGCUGAUCCCUUUAGUGAUUUCUUGCAGGAGGAGCUGAAAGAGGAGGAUGUACAGAAGAUAAACCUCCACUUUAUGUGGAGCUUGUUCCGAUCUCCCAGCUCCACGGUACCAGUCCAACCCUCCUGGUACCGUCUCCGGUACACCUCAGAGUCGUUCCACGAGGCUGACAUCCUCACUUGGCUCUCUCAGCAUCUCCAGAAGCCAGAGGACGCUGGUGCUAUGCUGGCUGAUUGGAUAGAAACGAACAGACUCGAGCCAGUUAAUCCUGCUAAAUCUAUCUUCAAGAUCGGACCUAAGGAUGAUUACAACGAGAACACGGUUAUGUUGUAUGAGCAGAUUAAGAGGGAACCAGAGAAGAACUCUACUAACUGGAUACACCGGAUGAUUCAAGAAGCAAAGGCCAGUAGUCAAGCUUUUGACAUACACACAAGUACUGCUUCUUUCGUUCAUGUUGAUGUCGACAAAGAUCUUGAUGAAGAGUAUUGGCAAAGCUCUGAUGCGACCCUGAAUACCUCGCAGAGUCUUGAUGAUACGAUGGGGAUGGAGCUGAAUCGGAUGAUAGAUUCCAUGAAUUGCACUGCUAAAAUGUAUUUGAAGAGCGAUCAGCACGCCGAAUCUGAUCAGCUGAAAAAUGCUGAGAGUUUUGGUAUCGAAAUCCUAAAUCGCUGCAUCAAGCAAGAAAAGAGUCCCAACCCAAAUCUCAACAUUCCACCAUUUGGAGAAAUUCCUGAUCUUGAUCUACCAAACUUGGAUCGUGUAGACCACCGAAUUAGAGGCCUCAACAAUAUCUACGAGGACCACAUGGACGCCGUUCUGGACACCUUGAUCGAUAAGGAACACAUAUCGACUUCUUGGCGUUCCAUUCUCAGAAAGGUGGUGGGUGAAGCUGCUAAUGAUGUCACUCCAAAUCCAAUGAAUGGAGACUCUAUGGAUAUAAGGAAAUAUGUCAAGUUCAAGAAACUGCUUGGUGACCCUGAGGAUUCAUGCAUCCUGGAUGGAUAUGUUUGUACUAAGACUAUUGCUCAUAAAAAAAUGCAGAGCCAUAUAACUAAUCCAAAAAUAAUGUUACUAAACGGCUCAAUAUCAUACCAGCGUGUUCUUAACAAGCUGACCUCACUUAACCCAGUCUUCCUUCAAGAGAAAGAAUUCCUGACUAAAGUUAUCAGUCGAGUUGCUUCUUUUGAACCGGACGUCUUGAUCGUUGAAAAGUCUGUGUCGCAGAUAGCGAAAGAUGAGCUAUUGAACAAAGGAAUAACUUUAAUCCUGAAUUUGAAGCAAGGCCAGAUAGAGAAGAUAGCCCGGAGUACCCAGGGUGACAUUAUACAGAACCUUGAAAAUGUUACCUUUAUCACUAACUCGGAUGAUGCUAGCGAAUCAUCGAAGAACAAACUUGGGCACUGCAAAGACUUCCGAGCUGACUUUAUGAGAGGGUUCUGCGGCGCUAACAAGCCCUUGCUAUUCUUCAACGGUUGUGAUCGACAUUUAACCAAGACCAUCCUUCUGUUUGGUGAAAGCAAGCUUGUCCUUAAAAAGGUAAAGAAGGUCGCGAUGUUUUACUUGUACGCAUUAUACAAUCGCAGGCUAGAGUUCAACUACCUAAAAAAGUGUAAACUCCACUGGAGAGGACCAAACUUUGACAUGAGAUCCAACAGCCAAGUAUCUGAAGCCCCAACCUUCAUCAGUCACUCCAACACAAAUACAAACGGUCACACUAGUCCCUGUCUGUCACUUGUCCCUGAUUCUCCUCAAUCUCUGAGCGAGUUAAGUGCGAACAUUAACAAUCCUCAUUCUCUAAGCGGGGUUAGUGAGUUGAGUGUGAACAUUAACAAUCCUCAUUCUCUAAGCGGGGUUAGUGAGUUGAGUGUGAACAUUAACAAUCCUCUUUCUCUAAGCGGGGUUAGUGAGUUGAGUGUUAAAAGUGAGACUCUGUUGGGACUUAGUCCUUCAAACAGCAAGAUGUCUAUCAUGGACCAUGACGACAUAUCAGAGGACGGCUCCUUACCUGGAUCCUUGGCAGUGACUGAAGCAGACAAAGCUUUGGAGGACAUGGUUCACAACACCCUGUUCUCCAUCACUCCGUUUUGUAGGCCCUCAGUACCUUACUUGUGCACUGAGGUCGGUAACAAGUGUCCUACUCGACUGUAUUUUGACGAUCUCAUCUACUUCAGUUCUCAGCUACUCACACCCGACCCCUCCAAGUUGAUUGACCCUCUGAACGGAGCAGAAGCUCACACAAAUGGGGACACGGACCACGGCAAGUCUUUAUCUCCAACAAGACAAGUUAUCACGUCGUGCUCUGUUGAUGAUCUGGCGUUUUACAGGGCCUUUGGUUAUUGGGAGUUUGAGAAGGACGAGGACAGGAGCACGAAUGGUUCUAUCAUUGGAGAAGAGUGCCACCCAGAGGCACCCUACCGAAUACAAACCAGAUUCGAGCAGAACUUGAAGGGGAAAGACAUUGACUGUCUUGAUUUCUAUCAUCACCAGAAACUCCUUGUUCUGUUUUCGUCUCUAUCCAUCAAAUCUUUCAACCAUCCCCACCCCUGUAUCAGCCCAUGGUCUCUCAGCAUGCAGUUCUACGGUAAGAACGAUCUGACUCUGGGUCUGUUCCUGAGAGAUUACUGUUACCAGAGCACGUACCAAUGCCCGGAACAGUGCUGUAAAACUGACAUUGUGGACCACGAACGGAGGUUUGUCCACAACGGACAGAGCGUGAACCUGAAGAUGAGCAAGCUGUCCUCUGUUAUAGAGAGUGUUAGCAACACACCCAUCAUGUGGAGUGUCUGCACCAAGUGUCUCCACAUGUCAGAGAUCAGCAUUGUAUCCAAGGAAACCUGGAACUACUCCUUCGCAAAGUUCCUGGAGCUGAAGUUCUACGAGAACUGUCUGUAUGUUAGAUCACCGUGCCCGCACUCCUACCACCGGUACCACACUAACUUCUUCGCUUUGGGGAACAUCGUGGCGUGCUUUACUCGCAAUGAUAUCAGGAUUGCUGAGGUGGCACCUCUGUUCUCCAGGUACAACUUUGAGGAUAAGUUUACUGAUAUAAAUGUGUCUAAUGGGGUCUUACUCAACGAGACAGUCACCAAGAUAAACACUGCGCUCAAGGCAGUCAACGAGAAGUUAGAGGCGUUCACAGGAUUAGAAGAGAACACAAUAAAAGAAUCCCGAACCAAACUAGCAACAGAAGACACGACUUUCCGUCAGAAAAUGACUGAGAUCACCACCAACCCCUCUAAAUCUCCGAUAGAGAUCCGCAGAUCGAUAUACAGACUACAAAGCGAGCUAGUGUUCUGUAUAGACACCUGGAAUAAGUACCUAGCUGAUAUUAAACGUAAACCCAAGGUGAAACCCCAUGUUUACGCCUCCUCGGAGCUACUCAGUGGUACGCCUGAUGAUUCAUCCACCGCUACAAUGUCUCCUAAAAUCCCUGAUAAAGCUUGCAAAUCACAUCGGCGUGUACGGUCUGACGGGUAUCUGGACUUAAGGAACAGUGUUACUUUAACUAAGACGUCAUGCAGUAAGCAUGGGCGCAGGUCCCUGCACAGGUCAUUGGAUGACUUGUUGAGCUCGGAGAAGAUCGAAGAGCACGGAAAUGGUGGGAUGUCAGAGAAGUUGUGUGAUACAAAGGUGGACGAUCUGAAGCACCCGGAGAGUAGGUUUAGUAAGAUGGCAUCUGGUACUAGGAAACUGUUCAAGGCUCUCACUGACACCUACAAGAAAAUCGAGCCGCUGUUCCCAAUAGAAGAACACCACCAUCUAACAGGAGGAUCCCGCCCCACAGUCCUUGUAAACGAGAAGCACUUCACCAGCAUCAUAGCGUACGCGCUCUCCUGUGAACAAUACCGUGCCAAGCUCCAACUCCUCAAACCAGGCAACACAACUCUAAACCUCCCGGACCAGGAGCUGGUUACCAAAACCGGCAGCAGCUCCAGCUCCAGGAAGACAUCUCACGCUAAGUCUUACUCCGCUAACAUUCCUGAAGUUGAGGAUAAGGUGGGACACUGGCUGACAGUAACGAGUAACGGAUCAGGAGAACACAGCAGCAGUGAUCACAGCAACAAACCUUCCUCACUACCCGGUCACUUGUCCCACAGGAGACAGAAGAGUGCUGAUCACAUGUUGGGGGAGGAGUGUGUUAUUAAUAAGUCUAAUCACAUUGAUGUGGACUUCCAGGAUGGACCCACAAAGUUCUUCUGCAAGAUCUACUUCGCGGCUGAGUUUGACAAGCUCCGUAACCUGCUAAUGCCCGGAGAAGCUCUCAACGACUUUAUCCACUCUCUCUCAUACUGCAACAAAUGGCGCGCUAAAGGCGGCAAAUCAGGGCUAGCUUUCAGUAAAACACAAGAUGAUAGAUGGGUUAUAAAGGAGAUGUCCCGUCUGGAGCUGCAGGCCCUGCUGAUGUUCAUGCCUAACUAUGUCGAGUACGUGACGGACAGUAUUGAUAAGAGACCCACCUUGCUGGCUAAGAUAAUAGGUGCGUGUACUGUGGGCUUCAAUAACACCUACAGUGGGAUCAGUAUGAAGCAGGAUGUUAUUAUUAUGGAGAACAUAUUCUAUGGUGUUACCCCUACUGCUGUCUACGAUCUAAAGGGGAGUGUAAGAAACAGGCUAGCAGAAGAAGCUGACGAGGUGCUUUUAGACGAGAACUAUUUGCACCACAUAGUUGAUAACCCAGUCUACCUCCGUCCCCACUCCAAAACAUUCCUACGUGAGGCGGUUAACUGUGACACUGCCUUCCUUGCCGCCCAGUCUAUAAUCGACUAUUCGUUACUAGUGGGCAUGUGCGGGGAUCGCAUUGUUAUCGGCAUCAUCGACUACAUCAGGAAAUUCACUUUCGAUAAGAAGGUGGAGAUGAUAUUUAAAACUAACAUGAUCGGUUCCGCUGGAAGAAUGCCAACUAUUGUGUCUCCUGAAAUGUACCGAGAGAGGUUCAUUAACCAGAUAGAAAGGUACUUCCCGCUAGCCCCGGACAAGUGGACAGGAAUGGGAUCUGACCUUCAAUACUCCUGAGUCACUAUUGACUAUUGAGUCACUAUUGAGUCACUCCUGAGUCACUCCUGAGUCACUAUUGACUAUUGAGUCACUCCUGAGUCACUCCUGGCUCCUGAGUCACUAUUGAGUCACUCUCACACUUUGACUAUUCCUGAGUGGUUUACCUCAAAUAUUGUACCUAAAUAUUCCUAAGUAUUGACAUAUUAUUACAAGGCAUGGUUGGACAACACAUUCAUGUGACCCACUGUGUUAUUUGUUGUUAAGUAGUUUUAAAAUAAAAUAGAGUAGUGUCUUGAUUUAAAUUAUUCCUAAAUACGUUUUGUUUAUUUACUAAAUACGAAUUUAUUGGUUAUAAAUGGUUUUCUGAGCGAUUGGCACUAGAUAUUUUUUGUGAGUUACAUCCAAUAAUACAUGGUAUAGUUUGUUAAAACUAUUCUUUUAUUCGUGCAGGAGUUUAUAGAGUUAUAGGCUAGCGAACAAGAUUGUUCCAUUUUUUGAAAAAUUAAUUUGAUGAUUUUGGACAUGUUCCUUCAAGAUAUCGUGUUAUUAUAGUCACUAGCCAGUAUACUUAAUAGAAGGCACUAUAUUAUUAUACAUUCGAUUAUUAUUAAUAAUGAGAUAUUUUAGAAUUAUUCAGAAACCAAGAUUGCUCAAUUUUGUUGCAUGUUUCGAUACAGUUUGCAGAUGUUUUUGAUGUGUUAAUGUGUUAAAUUAUUUUUGUGAAUUUAGAAUUUCGUUUCAUCGCUACGGUUAUUACUGAAUGACAGUAUUUUCUAUUUUCGAAAUGGGAAUUUUGACAUACUUUUCAAUGCUUCUGACCUUUGAAAAA